CCGGUAGCGGAAGGGGCGGCCGCGGAGCCAUGAUGGCGGCGGCCGCGGUGGAGGCGGCGGCGGAGCGGCAGCUGGAGCUGCUCCGGGAGGAGCGGGAGGCAGAGCUCGCCGAGAGCAGGGCCUGGCAGGAAAACGUCUCUCUGAAGGAACUGCAGCGCAGAGGUGUCUGCUUGCUAAAGCUCCAAGCUACCAACCAGAGAACUGGCCUCUACGGGCGGCUGCUUGUGACAUUUCAGCCUAGAAAAUAUGAUUCAGAUGCUGAGCUGCCCUAUAACAGUUUUGGGCCUGGUGACAUUUUGGGGCUUUAUGAUUCAGUCGGCCAGGGCGAUCCCCUCUCCACUGGCAUUGUAACACGUGUCACCUCCAAAGCAGUCACCGUUGCCUUUGAGGAAUCUCGAGAUGGCAUGCUGAGCUUGGACCGUGAGAGCUCUUACCGCCUGCUGAAAUUAGCCAACGAUGUCACCUACAACAGGCUGAAAAAAGCUUUAAACACACUAAAGCAAUAUCGUGGUGGUCCAGCCUCUGGUCUGAUCGACGUCCUCUUCUUUUCGUCUGAUCCAACCUCAUUCAGUGAAACAAAGCCUUUAAAGUUUUACAAUGACUUGCUGGACACAUCACAGAGGGAGGCUGUCUCCUUCUCACUGGCACAGAGGGAGCUUGCCAUCGUCCACGGACCACCUGGCACAGGGAAGACCACGACAAUAGUAGAGAUCAUCUUGCAAGCUGUACAGCAAGGCCUGAAAGUCCUGUGCUGUGCCCCUUCCAACAUUGCAGUGGAUAACCUGGUGGAAAGGCUGGCUGGCUACAAAGCCCACAUCCUACGGCUGGGGCACCCUGCUCGCCUGCUGGAGCCCAUCCAGCGGCAUUCCUUGGACGCGGUCUUGGCCCACAGCGACAGUGCUCAGAUCGUGGCAGAUAUCAGGAAGGACAUCGACCAGGCCUUCGCAAAAACCAAAAAGGCCCAAGACAAGGGAGAACGGAGCCAUUUUCUCAGUGAGAUUAAGGCACUGAAAAAGGAGCUGAAGCAACGAGAAGAAACUGCCAUGACUGCAGCCCUUACUCGUGCCAGUGUUGUCCUUGCUACAAAUACAGGUGCUUCCUCGGAUGGUCCGCUGAAGCUGCUUCCUGAAGAUCACUUUGAUCUUGUGGUGAUAGACGAGUGUGCACAAGCCCUGGAAGCCAGUUGCUGGAUACCUCUGCUGAAAGCUCCCAAGUGCAUCCUGGCUGGGGAUCACAAGCAGCUUCCCCCCACCAUCAUUUCUCACAAGGCUGCUGCCAGCGGCCUUUCACUCAGUUUGAUGGAGCGUCUUAUCGAGAGGUACGGGGAGAAGAUCGUGAAGAUGCUGACGGUGCAGUACCGGAUGCACGAGGCCAUCAUGCAGUGGGCUUCCUCGGAGAUGUACAGCGGCCGGCUCACUGCUCACCCGUCAGUAGCCCAGCAUUUGCUCAAGGACCUGCCGGGAGUCACCUCCACAGAAGAAACCACAAUCCCCUUGCUGCUCAUUGACACCGCUGGCUGUGGCCUGCUUGAGCUGGAAGUGGAAGACGAACAGUCCAAGGGCAACCCAGGAGAGGUGCAGCUGGCCGGUUUGCACAUCCAGGCUCUGGUAGAAGCUGGUGUGAAGGCACAAGACAUUGCGGUUGUAGCCCCCUACAACCUCCAGGUGGACAUGCUAAGAGAACACCUUUGCCACAGGUACCCAGAGCUGGAAAUUAAAUCAGUUGAUGGUUUCCAAGGGAGAGAGAAGGAGGCAGUGAUUCUGUCAUUCGUGAGAUCCAACAGGAAGGGUGAGGUGGGCUUCCUCGCAGAGGACCGGCGGAUAAACGUGGCGGUGACCCGUGCCCGGCGCCACGUGGCCAUCAUCUGCGACACACGCACCGUCAGCAGCCAGGGCUUCCUGCAGCGCCUCGUGGCCUACUUCAGCCAGCACGGGGAGGUGCGCACGGCCUUCGAGUACCUCGACGGCCUGGUGCCCGAAAACUACUCCCAUGAGAGUCACGGUGAGCGGCGGCAGGGCACAAAGCCCCCCACAGCGCCCGUCCCCAAGCCGCAGCCACCCGCAGGGAGGAAGCCCAAAGCAGCAGCAGCCAAAGCAGCUCCGCGGAAGCGAGAACCACCUUUCUCCCCGAGCACCAGCGGGCCUGGGAGAGAGAGCCCAGGGACAAAAGAUGACACAAACACGUUUAAAACCACGCUGCUGGCCUUUCUGGAGAGCAGCGAGGCCCAGCUGGAUUUCCCCCCGUCCCUCAGUUCGCACGAUCGGAUGCUGGUGCACCUCCUGGCAGAGGAGUACGGGCUGCAGCACUGGAGCACCGGGGAAGGCAAGGAGCGGUACGUCAGCAUCUGCAAGAAAGAGCCUGGGCAGCCUCCAGCACCCUCAGCUGCCACCCCCAGCCUUCAGCAUCCCCUUCCUCAGCUGCAGGAACCUCCUGGGGAAGCUCCUGCCCCUGUUGAGACAGGAGGAAGCAGUGAGGGCUCGGGAAGAGUGGAUCUGAAAAGCCUGCACCUGGAGAGAGUUCAAAGGGAGAAAGCAAGACGGGAGGAGAUGGCAAGGAAGCUUCAGGAGCCCGGUGCUGGCCUUCAAGGCAGCAGCAAGAAGAAAGACAAGAGCGAAGCCAAAGGAAAGCCAGCAGUUAAAACCGGGGUGGAGGGCGCAACGGAAGAAGAUAUUGAUGCUCUGAUUUCUGCUGCCAUUAAAGCUGACAACACCUGUGGCUUCCCCCGCUGCAAAGCCAGCGUUACAACCCUGGGCCAGCUCUGCCUCCACUGCAACAGGCGCUACUGCCUCAGCCAUCAUGUCCCCGAGGUUCACGGCUGCGGGGAGAAGGCCAAGGCGCACGCGCGGCAGAGGAUCAGCAGGGAAGGGGUUCUCUACCCUGGGAGCGGCUCCAAAGACAAGUCCCUGGACCCCGCCAAGAGAGCCCACCUCCAGCGCCGCCUGGACAAGAAGCUCAGCGAGCUGACCAGCCAGAGAAAGAGCAAAAAGAAAGACAAGGAGAAAUGAAGGUGCUGGUUACUUCUCCGACAACCGAGAACUUUUCUUAGGUUAACAGGCAGGCUGCGUACACCAAAGAUGCACCGAAGGGUGGUGCUGAGCCCCAGAGGAAAAGGGGAGCUCGUGCUGGGUGGCAGACAGCUUGGAGCCAGCGUGCCGUAGGCUGCUGAAUAGAUAGUCACCGGGCCUCUCAAAACCCCAGAGCUGCAACGCAGGAAGAGCACUUUCCUUUGUCCCAGUUACCCUUAUUGACAAAGUAAUGGAUGUACACAGAGAGGCUGCAGCGUGCCAAUAAAGACGGAUAUUAAAACACCUGAAGCAAA